CUUCAUCCAUCUUGUUCCUCUCUUUCGAUCAUCUUCUUCCUUUCUUUUUUUUCUUUUUCUUUCUUCCUCUUCUUUCUUCCUCUUCCUCUGUCUGCUUGGUUCUUCCUCUGUGUCUGCUGGGUUCGAGGAACCCAGUUUGCUGGGUUCCAGUUGGGUUCCACCGGAACCCAGCUCAGAAAGCAUAAGGACUGUGUGGCAGUUACACUGUGGAGCAUAUGGAACAACCGAAACAAUUGCUCAUUUCAGCAUAGAUGUUCAAAACAUGAUCUUACAGUUCAUUGGAUCUCAAAAUACAUUGCGGAAUACACAAAGUGCAGCUGAAUUUGAAAACAAGAUCAGACUGUUGGAGAAUAGAGUUUCGCCAGUUUUCUGGCAACCACCACAGGGGGAUAUAAUAAAAGAUUAAUACCGAUGCUGCUGUCCCACAAAAUCAGAACACAAUCAGUCUAGGAGUUGUCAUCCGGAAUAGUGAAAGUAAGGUUUUAGGGGCUGCACAAAUAAACCGCACUUUCAGGGGGUCAGUUCUUCAAGCUGAGGUUAUGGCAAUUGAUUUUGCACUACAAUUAGGAAAGGAAUUUGGCUGCAAAAGAGUUGAAGUUGAAUAUGAUAGUGCAUAGGCGGUAGCUAUAGCCAACCCUACCGAUGAAUGCAUCUUCCUUUGCGAGCAAUUGUUGAGGAACUUCGAGAUAGAAAGUCUUAUUUUUUCUCUGUAUUAAACGUGCAAAGAGAGACUGCAAUGUGUUGGUUCACAGACUGGCACAUCUUUUGUCUCCUCCUCCACCUUGGGAGGGUGUUUGGUUUUGAUUCUCUACCCUGCUUUAUCUCAGCUCCACGUAAGCAAGGCUUGACGGAGUAACGGAAGAGGAAACGGAAUGCUGACAUUUUAUGACAUCAUCACAAGCAAAAGGGGCGGUUUGGAUGGGUUUGGUAAGUAGAAGAGGCUUGGAAUUUUCCUUUUCUGGUUAGUAAUAAAGUGGUUGGGUUUUU